GCCGUCCAUCCCGAGAUGCCGCCAGCCGAGGACGCCGCCGCUACCGCCCCCCCGCCGGCGCCGACCCCGCCUCUCGGCCGUGGGACGGCGGCCGGUUCGCGGCUGCUGCUGCAGUCGCCGCCGCCGGCGUUCCCGCUCGGCUCCAAUGACGACCAGCAAGAGCGCGCCCGCGCGCGCGCUAUGGCCCGCGCGGCCUCCGUACGCCGGCGCUCCCUCGCCGCCACGCUAGCGCCCAAGGCCCCACACCCCAACCUCCUCAACCGGGACGAGGUCAUGGACCUAUUACAUAACUGCAUCAAGCUCGCCUCGGAGAACAAAAUCAACCAGAAGAACACGUGGGAGCUGGGGCUCAUCGACCACCUCAGCGAGAUCAUCCAGGCGGGGGAAGAGGAUGACGACGAGACUAACUUCCAGAAAGCUAGCUGCACGCUGGAGGCGGGUGUGAAGAUAUAUUCGCUGCGUGUGGAUUCGGUGCACUGUGAGGCAUACAAGGUGCUCGGUGGGAUCAACCGUGCAGGAAGGGGGGAAGAGGCUGAUUUGGGAGAGGGUGGCGAUGCAGAGCCUGCACAGGAAGGCAUCAACAAAAAGGAUGCGGAUAAGAGGAUUUCACCUGCUUCGACAUUGGAGUCCUCUUUUGAGGCUCUUAAUGUGAAGAAGUUUGAUGUUGCCUUCACGGUGGAUCCUUUAUACCACCAGACCACGGCUCAGUUUGAUGAAGGUGGAGCGAAGGGUCUCUUAUUGUACAAUCUUGGAGUGUAUGGCAGUUGUCGUGUGCUUUUUGAUUCGUUUGAAGCACCAGACAAAUUUAUCUUAUCUGAUAUCCAAGAGAAGGCUGAGGUGAUUGAUCUUUCAUUUGCUAAAGAACAAAUUGAGCAAAUGAUAGUUCACAUGCCUCUGUGCAAUGAUAUCUCUCCUACCUUGAGGGAUAUUGUGGCUCAGUUUGAUGAAGAAAAUAAAAGGCCAUCACAUGAUGCAUCUUCCGGGCAAAUGCCAGUGAUGGAAGAUCAGAUGGUUGACAGUAAUAACAGCGAGAAUGAUGACAACAUGCAACCUGAUUGUGAAACAUGGGAUUUUGGUGGCGGCAAUGAUCAGGAUGUUGCAUAUGAUGAAAACGACAAUUCGAUGAAUUUCAACUCAACAAACUACGAAGAGGGAACCGAUGAGUACACUUUUCAGGACCCCGAUGGUCCUGAUGUAGACCGAAGGUUCGAGAAAAUUACAGAUCUAUUGUCACUUGGCAUGGGCUUUUCGUCAAAAACAAAUGCUUGGGCUGGACCUGAGCAUUGGAAAUAUCGAAAAGCUAAAGAUCUCGAGCCUGCCCGGACUUCAUCUGGUGAUUUGGAUGUAGCAAAAAAGACAAAGAAGAAACGAGGCAAAGAGGAACCUGAUAUUGAUUUCACCAAUGCAUUGGAAUAUGAGAUGGAAAAUGUGUUUGCACCUCCCAAGAACCCGAAAUCAUUGCUGCUGCCUGCAAAUAAGGGUAGCUGCAACAGUAAACUUCCAGAGGAUUGUCAUUACCAACCUGAAAGUCUUGUUAAAUUAUUUCUUCUUCCAGAUGUUCUGUGCCUGGCUCGGAAAAGAAGAAAACCACUUGAUGAUUCAAGGGACAACAAUGAUGACUUUAUGGCAUCUGGACCUUGGGAUGAUGAUAAUUUGUGCAAUGAUCAUCUUGAUGAAGGAAAUGCGGCUAGUGAUGUAGAAGAGUCAGUAAAUCUUAUUGCUAAACCAAGACAGGUCAAUAAGAUAGAUAUAAAAUAUGACAAGGUAUCGAAACAAGUCGAUGUUCAUGCCUUAAAGGAGGUGCUCUGGAAUCACAUUCAUACAUCUGCUGAGACUGAUGAUCUGCAGGAAAGAGCGGGCACGGAACCAUCCCUGUGCCUGACGAAGGUACUGCAUGAUCUUCCGUGCAGUAACCCAGAUGUAACAACAACCGAUAUCUCGCCACACCUUUAUUUCAUCUGUCUCUUGCAUCUGGCAAAUGAACACAGCUUGAAGCUAUGCGACCGGCCAUCCUUGGAUGAGAUCGAUAUAUACGUUCCAACUUCGUCGCUCGUGAAUUAAAUUCUGCCCCUGUCCUCCGCAGUUAAAUGUGUAGGUGCUGGUCUGAUGCCUUAUUAAGCUGCCACCGUGCUGUGUAUCAUGUAAUGUAACCCCUAUGAUGAUUGUAUUAUUACCAUUUUAAAAGUUACAAAAGUUUGCUUUUA